ACUACUUUCUGUAUGUGAGCUGGCUUUCUGCAUUCCAUCUCUGAAAUUCCAAAUCAUAGUUUACAAGAUUAGAGAAGCUAUAUCCUUGGUGUUGAGAACCAUUGCUCAUAUAUUCCCAUUUUCAAUGGCAACCACAUUCAUUGACCUUUGCUGUGAAGGAGUCUUAUACGUGCUUUAUUUCAUGAAAUUAGCAUGGCAAUUUAGCAAUGUUGACAGCUGGAGUAUUUCAGGUUGAUGAGUCCUCACUUCUGGUUUGAAACGGUUUGAUGGGAAUUUAAUGUUGAUUGAGAUAAAUAGUUGCUUCUUUGACAUGGAUACAGCCUAUCCACAGGGGACAAGUUCGACCCAACAUAUGUAGCAAACAAAUUUCCUUAAAAUUAAUAUAGUGGAAUGGUUCUAGAAGACGUCAAUUGCAGAAUUUUGAGGAAAAUUGGUAAGGAAAUUAUGUUGAGUUUUAUGUCCAAAUUUUUUCGUGGUCGGCGAGUGUGAACGCAUUUGGUGCUUGUCUAAAUUUUGGAGCUGUCGGUGAGUGUGAAUGCAUUUACUACUCAUAACUUAUGAGUCAAACCUUAAAAUACGGAUCACAUUCCCCAUGGCAUCAACUUUCAAUAAACGUGUCAAAUUCUGUAAAUAAGCUGAUGUAUGAUGGUAAUAUCUAUGUAAGCCAUUCUUUCCUCUUUCCUCUAAGCAAGGGUGAUUGAUUUUUUUGGUAGAGGCAAAAAUGCUUCUCACGGAGCAUAGAAAAGAGAUAAGAAGAAAUAGGAAGAAGAAAUGGAAGAAAUUCUUCAUCUGUUGCUUAUUAAAAAUAGAGAAGACAAUGUUGAUGGAUCAUCGGGUUAAUGAUCUACCAGAAAUAUUGCCCUUUUUGUUCAUCCAGGAAAUACCAGAUGGAAAUUGGUAUUGUGUGCAGUGCACUUGCCAAAUCUGUGGCAAGGGGGUGGAUGAAAAGGAGGCUUUACUACCUCUUGGAGUGCUGAAAUGCUCCCAGUGCCAAAAUAUGUAUCAUGAAGCUUUGUGUGGAAGAACGUGGUAGCAAAUUAGACAAAGCCUUUGAUACCUGGUGCUGUUCCGCGACAUGCCAAGGGGUCUAUCUUGGUCUUCAAGCAAACAUUGGUCGUCCAAUCCUGCUUUCUGAUGGAUUUCGCUGGACACUUUUGAAGUGCAUCAAUGGUGAUCAACAAGCUCAUUCUGCACAGAGCUUUCUAGCAUUAAAGGCAGAAUGCAACUCAAAGCUAGCUGUUGCACUUCAAAUGAUGGAGGAAUAUUUUAACCCAAUGGUGGAUCCAAGAUCCGUUGUUAAUAUGAUACCGCAACUAAUAUACAAUUGGGGCUCUAAGUUUCCUUGUGUAGAUUGUAGUCGGUUCUACACAGUGGUCUUGGAGAAAGGCGACACCUUGAUCGCUUUAGCAUCAAUCAGAUGCAUUAAUGAGAAGAAACCACCGUGUGUCAUGCUGUUUGUUUAGUACCAAAAGUCAAUAUCUGUUUUUGGCCACCAAUGAACAUGUCUUAACCAGAAAAAGUUUUUGACUCGAUACAAGAUAUGCUUUGGAGACACUAUUGAGUCAGAUUAGUAUUCUGCUGCAACUAGAGGUUCUAGUUCAGAAUUAGAUGUGUAGCUAAGGUAUAGACCUGUAUCUUUUAAAUUUGGCUUUGUGGUGAGGCAUGUAAAUUGAUCCUAGUCCGAGAGCAUGGUAGCAAAGUCAUGCUGUGUCUGCUCCUGUUUUAAGAUCAGAGAUGAUUUUUCCUGUAUUGCAGUCUUCUCUGAGAUAUUACGCAUGAAAAGUUCUGAAUAUUGUCCUUUUGACUCCCUCUAUGGAAUGCUAGAUCUUUUUCAAACGCA